AUGGCGUCAGGUUUGGAAAGUUAUGUAAAUCGUAUCCUUUUGUUUCUCUUGUCUUUCUGCCUUGUUUAUUUUAUUUUUGAUAGUCACAGUUCUGUCCUUAGCAAUUUCUUAGAUACUGUUUCCAUAAUCACCUCGGAUGGUAGAAAUUUCAUCGUAAGUAUGCUAUUUCUGACGUGUACGUGUUAUAAUUUCUUUAUAAAUUACGACGUUAUAAUUAUUAUUGGAAAUUCUUACACGUGUAUUGUCAUCUAGAGAAAUAUAUCUUUCGUAAUUGUGAUUGAUUGUUCAGUUUAACGUCUCAGACCUUUUUUUUCUUUUUGUAAAAUGUACUGUAGUUGUUUCAAUGUUGCGAUUAUAAUAUAUGCUAAGACCCUUUCAUUUUUCAGGGAACGUUGAAGGGUUUUGAUCAAACGAUUAAUAUAAUAUUAGAUGAGUCUCAUGAACGUGUGUAUAGUACGACUCAAGGUGUAGAGCAAGUAGUAUUAGGUUUACAUAUUAUUAGAGGUGAUAAUGUGUGAGUAAUUUAACUUAAUUUAUUCUUUAUGCGUUUGAAAUAUAUAUUUUUGUUCGUAGUAUUGGCUUGUUUUUUUUGAAAAUUUAUUCGUUCUAUACUUGUUCAAUUUAAGUAUAUUACCUAUAAUGCUAUAUUACGCAUGAUACGCAAAAUAGAAAAUAUUAAUUUUAUGUUUUUAUUCUGGCAGUUUAACAGACAACGCGAAUAAAAUAAAAAAAUACAUAUAAUUGUUUCGAUAAAAAAUACAUGUAAUUAAAAAAAUACAUAUAGUUAUUAAUUUUAUUUACAAUUCAUAGUCGCUUAUUUCAUAAAUGGUUAAAAAAAUUCUAAAUAAAUAAGUAGAAUUAUAAUAUUUGUUUUCUUCUUUCAGGGCAAUUGUAGGAGAAUUGGAUGACGAAAUGGAUGCACGUUUGGAUCUAUCAGCUAUAAGAGCUGAUCCUUUAAGUUCUAUCGUACAUUGA